GGCAGCGCGGGGGGAGCCGCCGCCUCGCAGCCACCGGCUGUCGCACGAGUGUCGCACCAGCCCCGCUGGCGCUCGGGGGUCCCCGGGGGGUUCCUCGGAGGGGUGACAUCCCCCGGAGUUUCGCCCCCUCGCUGGGCAUCGCUCGUUGCGGGGAUGCGGGAAAAGACCCUGCCUGGAGCAGCCCUCGGUUCUUCCCCCGUGGCGUUCCUGCGCGCCCACUAACGUUCGCUCCCCGAGCUCCUCGUCAAACUUUUCUAACUCGGGAAUUAUUUAAGGUUUCAGAGAGACGCGGCGGCUUUUUCCCCACACUGGAGCUGGGGCGGAGGUUGCCCUGAGCAGCCAUGGAGAGGAUUGAGAAGGUCGUGAGGCAGGCGAGAGCCGCCUUCAACUCGGGCCGGAGCCGCUCGCUGGAGUUCAGGAUACAGCAGCUGAAGGCCCUGGAGCGGAUGGUGAAGGAGAAGGAGAAGGAGAUCCUGGCAGCCCUCCAUGCAGAUCUGCACAAGGGUGGGCCCAACGCGUACAGCCACGAGAUCCUGGGCGUGCUGGCGGAGCUGGCCCUGACCAUGGAGAAGCUGCCGUCCUGGGCAGCCCCUCAGCCUGUGAAGAAGAACCUGAUGACGAUGCGGGACGAGGCCUACAUCAACUUUGAGCCUCUGGGAGUGGUGCUGAUCAUCGGGGCCUGGAACUACCCCUUUGUCCUGGUCAUGCAUCCUCUGAUCGGGGCCAUUGCAGCAGGCAAUGCUGUGGUGGUGAAGCCGUCGGAGGUGAGUGAGAACACGGCUCAGCUGGUGGCUGAUCUCCUCCCCCAGUACCUGGACCAGGAGCUCUACCCCGUGGUCACUGGAGGAGUUCCUGAGACAACAGAGCUGCUCACCCAGAGGUUUGAUCACAUCCUCUACACCGGCAACACCGCAGUGGGCAAAAUUGUGAUGGCAGCAGCUGCCAAGCACCUGACACCCGUCACCCUGGAGCUGGGUGGGAAGAGCCCCUGCUACAUCGACAAGGAUUGUGACCUGGCCGUCGCCUGCAGGCGAAUAACAUGGGGGAAGUACAUGAACUGUGGGCAAACCUGCAUCGCCCCAGACUACAUCCUCUGUGACCCAUCCAUCCAGAGCCAGGUGGUGGAGAACAUCAAGGCAACUCUGCUGGAAUUCUAUGGGGAGGACGUGAAGUCGUCUCCGGAUUAUGAAAGGAUCGUCAACAAGCGUCACUUCAAGAGGGUCGUGGGCUUGCUGGAAGGGCAGAAGAUCGCUCACGGGGGAGAGAGUGAUGAGGCCUCCUGCUUCAUAGCACCGACCAUCCUGACGGACGUUUCCCCGGAUUCCAAGGUGAUGGAGGAGGAAAUCUUUGGACCCGUCCUGCCCAUUGUGACCGUGAAGAGCGUAGAGGAAGCCAUUGAGUUCAUCAACCGUCGGGAGAAGCCCCUUGCCUUGUAUGUCUUCUCCAACAACAAGAAGUUAAUCAAAAGAGUCAUCUCAGAAACCUCCAGUGGGGGUGUGACUGGAAAUGAUGUCAUUAUGCAUUUCUUCCUCUCAACCUUGCCCUUUGGUGGUGUUGGUCACAGCGGGAUGGGCGCCUACCACGGCAAGCACAGCUUCGAGACCUUCUCCCACCGCCGCGCCUGCUUGAUCAAGGACCUGAAGAUGGAGGGCACCAACAAAAUGCGGUACCCACCUGUCAGCCAGAAGAAGGUGGAUUGGACCAAGUUCAUCCUCCUGAAGCGGUUUAACAGGGGCCGAAUUGGACUGGCCCUCCUGGCCCUGCUGGGGGUGGUGGCAGCGGUGAUGAUGAAGGUGGUUUACUGAUGAAGAGGAGAAGGCCCCGUGUGCCAGCCGUACUCUGGGUGCUUGCUUUGUGUCUGUUUCCUUAAGCUGGGAAGUCAUUAUUUUCUUUUGUUCUGGGUGAUUUCAGUGAGCUGUCGAGCACACAGAGUAGCCUUAGAGAGGCACUAACAACAAGAAGGCUCAGACUCCUGUUUGCUAAAAAGCCAUGCUGGAACAGAGGGACCAGAGGGGACAAGCUCUCCGAAGGAGGACUGCAGAGCAAGAAAUUCCAGUCCCUAUCUCCACCCCAUGCCAUGCAGAGUGCUGUUUGAGGGGCACACCAAACUACUUACCUUCCUUCAGUGACCAACAGGAGCUUCAGUUUCAGCAAUCCUUGGGCUGACAGUUUUUGGGAUGGGCUGUCUCCUGUUGUGCUCUGAACACCCUCCCUCUUGGUGACAAGUCUGAGACAGGCCAUGCUGGCUGAUGCAUUUGACCAAGAGUGAUGGUUGUGAAUGAACCCAGUGAGGUUCCCCUUGACGUUUGAGGUGAAAUAUUCAUGGAUCUCUGCAAAUUGGAAUCAUCCACAGCUGGUCAGGGAAUGCAGGCUGGUGCCCUUUUGGGGCUCUGGGUUUCACCAUAUGGCUGCAACAAUUAUUUAACUGUUAGAAAAUUACAAAGGUGGUACCUGCACUGCCUGUAUUGUGCUGAUGAGCAUCUUACACUCGUGCAAAAGAACUUUCAGGCCUGUUUAGAGAAGUGGGAAUGACAAAAUACCUUGUGGGUUAGCUCAGCUCUGUGCAGCUGCUCCCUUAUUCCCAGUGGGAUGGGAAAGAGAAUCAGAGGAGUGAAAGUGAGAAAACUUGUAGCUUGAAAGAAAGAUAGUUUAGUAGGUGAAGUGAAAGCUGGGAAUGCAGGCAAAUUAAAGCAAAUUGAGGAAUCUGUUCAUUAAUUCCCCUUGUCAGGCAGGUGUUCAGCCAUCCUGGGGAAAGCAGGAUGGUGACUUGGGAAGACAAAUGCCAUCAUUGCCAAUGUCACAAAUCCAAAACAGCACCAUCCUACUAUGAAGAAACUUAGUGACUAUGAUGAAAGUUAACUCCACCCCAGCCAAAGCCAGUACAAAGCUGUUCCUGGUCAGAUUGCUCCAAGGGAAAACAAUUAUUGAAAGAGUGUGUGCUCCUUCGUGUUUGAGCUUCUGGGGCUGCUGUAAUCUUGCAAUGGGGCAUAAUGUGGGACUUGUUCGAGCUUGGGAGGAGGAUGCUGAAAGAAUUGAAUGUAAAAGAGCCUUAGAAAUAUUAAUGUCAAAAUAAGGCAAAUUAAAAAAUUAUUACUAAAUGCAAUUAAUAUAGAGUAGAAAGUUAUAUUUACUGUGCAAUAAGUAGGAUUUCUUCGUGGCUGGUGAAAAUCCAUGUGCUAAGCCUUUUUGAUGAUAUAUUUUGCAAGUACUAAAUAAACACCGAGAAUUUAAGUAAUAAA